CGUCGAUGAAACGGAAGGAUCGUCUUCGUCAGAGUUGUUCACCACCGUCGCUUUGUUCUUUCCCUUGCGGCGUCUGUGCUGCUGCCGCGUCGGCGACGCAUCGGGUUAUAGGUGUCGGGUUGUUGGGUGUCGUUGCGAGCCAACCAGUCGACACUCGGCCACCGUCGCCGCAGCCGCCACCGUUGAGUCGAGCCUGUGCAGCCGCACCCGAAGGCGCGUGCCGAAUCCUAUAGACACCUCUCCGGGACUCUGACGCCGAUUCUGCGAUGGUCAGACUCGAUAACGCGACCCUCGACGCAGCCCGCCUCAUCCCGGUGUGGCAGAGGACUCCAGUUCGAGCUGGCCUCACGCGGCACCUGGCAUUCGCUAUAGCGGCGGCGGCUCUGGGCUCGGCCUUUCAGCAUGGCUACAACACGGGCGUGGUCAACGCGCCGCAAAAACUGGUCGAGGAGUUCAUCGAAGACACGUACAAGCACCGCUUCGAGGAGGACCCCGGCGAGGGUACGGUCAAGUUCAUCUUCAGCAUCUUCGUGGCUAUCUUCUGCGUCGGAGGCAUGAUGGGUGGCCUGCUGACCGCCUUCGUGGCAGAGCGCUUCGGCCGCAAAGGAGGUCUGCUUCUCAACAACAUCAGCGUCUUACUCGCUGCCAUCCUCAUGGGAGCGUCUAAGUCCGCCCGCUCGUACGAGAUGCUGAUCUUGGGCCGGUUCUUCGUGGGCCUCAGCUCGGGCCUGAAUGCGGGCCUGGCGCCCAUGUACCUAACGGAAAUCUCGCCACUACACAUGCGAGGCGCUGUGGGCACCAUCUACCAGUUGGUGGUGACUAUCUCUAUCCUGGCCAGUCAGAUACUGGGUCUGCCCUCGGCGCUGGGCACAGCAGACCGGUGGCCCGCGCUGUUCGCCAUGACCAUUGUUCCCAGCCUGUUCAUGAUGGCCACGCUGCCACUCUGUCCGGAGUCGCCCAAGUACAUCCUCAUCAACCAGGGCCGAGAUGUGGCCGCCCAACAGGCACUCACCUGGCUACGAGGCACGAUCGAGGUGCACGACGAGAUGGAUGAGAUGCGUGCUGAAUUCGAAGCCAUCAAGAUGGUCUCCAGGGUCACCCUGUACGAGAUGAUGCACAACAUCACGCUACGGAUCCCUCUUCUGAUCUCUAUCAUGGUCAUGCUGUCCCAGCAGCUGUCUGGCAUUAAUGCGGCCAUUUUCUUCUCCACCGACAUCUUCCGGUCGGCCGGCCUCAACGACCAAGUGGCCAUGCAGGCCACGCUAGGCAUGGGCGCUGUCAACGUUCUCAUGACCAUCGUCUCGCUGGUGCUUGUCGAGCGAGCGGGCCGCCGCACCCUACAUCUCGUCGGCCUCGGCGGCAUGGCAGUCAUCACGGUCAUUCUCACCAUCUGCCUGGCAUUGAGCGAGAGCGUGCCGUGGCUGUCGUACGUGAGCAUAGUGGCCGUCAUCGGUUUCGUGGUCAUGUUCGCCACGGGUCCGGGCUCCAUCCCUUGGUUCCUGGUCGGCGAGCUCUUCGGACAGGGCGCGCGACCUCUUGCCACCAGUAUCGCCGUUGCUGUCAACUGGAGCGCCAACUUCCUUGUGGGCCUUGCCUUUCUGCCUUUAACGGGUGUGCUCGAACACUACACGUUCCUCAUAUUCACGGCGCUGCUGGUGUUCUUCUGGCUGUUCACCUACUACAUGGUUCCCGAGACAAAGAACAAGAGCGUGGAAGAGAUCGCCGCGCUGUUCCGCCAGCGGGCCUACCACUGAGCUGCGGGUGGCCGGCCCCUCCCCAUUGCGCAAUAGCGGCCCAGACACAGCAGAUGCGCGGCCUGACGAAGCACAAUAAGCGGACCGCCGCAGUCGGGCGCCACCGGCUGACUGCGGCCCUUCCACCCGUAGGGCACACCGCGGCACUACCACCGAGCUCAGCCCCAGACAGGCCGUCAUCGCCCGCUGGCAGCAAAUAAGGGCGCAACUACACAGUGCUUCUGGAACUCUCAGCGAAAUAGUUUACAUCCUUAUAGCGGUCCUACCCGUCGACUCUUCAGACCCUUGGCUUGACGGGCGAAUCCCUGUCGAGAUCGUGUGUUGUCGUAUCUCGUUGGCUCCUGUGUGUGUGUCUCUGUCGGUUUUCGGAGAUAGCGUGCGGCCUUCCACAGUCGCUGGAAGUCUGUGGAUGCGCGGUUCGCGAAAUAUCUGGUGCGUAAUAGGUCGUGUGGCAUAUCGUCCGGAGUUGUUAGUUUUUUCGUUCCCAGCCCACGCAACCCGACCUGAUCGUUUUACUUCUCCACGUCCGCUCUGAGCUUCUUAAGCGAUCAAAGGCGUUCUACCGCAACCAGUGGCAACUCGGGGCGGACGUGUUUGGCCCACGCAGUUCGAAGAUGACUUUUGUGGACGAAUGAUGAUACAUAGGCAAUUUUCCAUCGAUGUUGAUCUGAUAACAGAGUGGUCCGAUGACGCGCACUUGUGAUAAUACUUGGACGACCUGCGACCGUUGCUACUUACUCACUGCAUGCAGCUGUGAGAGAGAACCGCCUCAAUCGGCCACCGUCGUUGUGGCGGUCGCUGCACCCGUCUGCGGUCUUCCUCCUGUACAAAACGUUGCACAAUAGAGCGGUACAGUAAUAGAAACCCCCUUCCACGUAGACUCAGUCGACCGUAGGUUGUCGUGUCAUCUCAGUGCGAGCAAAGUGGUAUAUCUGUGCUGCCUGACCUCCCUUGCUGCGUUCGGUCGAGGGUGACCCCGGAGAUCGUGUGUGUGCCAAUCAUCUCUAACACGAGGGACUGCAGUGACCACAGUGGCCCAGCACAUCCGAGCAUAUAAACAUCACCAACAGGCAACGUGCUGUUCUGUCACGCAGGGCAGUGAUGCAGCAAGUUGCGUCGAAGGGGUCGAGACCGCCAACACGUUUUAUUGCAUAUUCAAGAUAAUUAUUCACACGUAUGUUUAAUCUUCCUGUUCUUUUAAUCGAAAUUCGCACCUAAAUACUUACCGUGUUGCAGGGUGUUCUAUCGUUUAAGUUGACGGCUGAUUCUGCGAUGUUGAGGACUCAAUGAUAAGCAUAACGUGGAAGUUAUGGGACCUGUGCCUGCUUCUGUGGCGUGAAGUAAAUGUGCGCACCGAUCCAAUGGCGUCGUUGGUGCCGUGGAGUUUCAUGCGUGCGUCGGAAGGGAAAAAACGUGAUGUUCUUGAGUGUAGGAGUCGUCAGUAUGGAUGUUAAGAAGGACGCGAAUGAGCGGCAGCACGUGAAUUUUUGUUGCGCUGCAGCGAGCGGGCAUCAAACAUCCUCGUGGCAUCUUGCCUUGCGCUAAGUUUCUCGACCCUGCUUUGUCAUCUCGAAAUUGUUCGAGCGGAGUGGUGAUUUAAGAUUUAGAUGCUGUGAUUCGCCACCAUUCAAAAAUGUCGUGCUGAAUAAAUAACUAAUGAUAAAUAUAUAUAAUAAAUGUUGCUGCUUGGUGCAGCAAGGUUAUUUGUCAGCAUGAUUAUAAUGUUCCCCGACCCAAUUUUUCUAUCACUCAUCAGGUAGCAAUGCCCCAAUCUUUUUUCCCGCAUCGAGCACAUUUAUAACUAGAGGACGCCUCUUUUCUUUCGCUGUCACUCAAUGUAGGCAAGCUGCCUACAUAUAUUUUAUUGUCAAACAGCCCUUACUUGGGAGACGUCAGCCAACUGCAAUCUUCGCCGUGCCGUCCACACACUCGUUAUGUAUAAUAAAUUUAUUUAUCUAGAAGGCACACGGGUGCGAUGUAAAUUGCGAAGUGGUCGGUGUCUCUCUCCCGUUCUUUUUAACAUUUCUAAGGCUGGGCCUGAUGACAGAUGAGUGUCAAAGGUAAUCACGCUCAUGUUCCCAGAUACACCCAUAGAUGGCGUAACUCAAUCGCGGACGAAGCGGUAGCCGCACAGUGAAACUGGGAAGCGCGGCCUGAGCGUGAACAGGGCGUAAAUUCAUUGUAGCAGGGGAUGCCACACAUCCUUUCCCGUGCAUGUCUACUCUACAAAUAACGUGAUCACAGAUACCCCCUCAAAAUCACAAAACACCACAGAAUAUCGCAAGGGAAACACAGGAGAACCGCAGUUCCGCUGUUUAUGCAGAUAUCAAACUGGGUGGAACUGGGGUAAGCAUUUCUUUUUAUGCGGCAGGCUUACGCGUUUCAAUUUGCACCCACAUACUCGAAGAAUAGCAGACAUAUUUCAUACCAUGAUGGUCUAGUGUUUACAGUGUGACGUUGCCCUGUAUAGUGUUUGCAUGAAACUCCACGGUCCCACGUGCCUUGGGUCAGUGGCCCCGGGGUCACCCUACAACCGCCGCUGGGCCGAACGCGAUGCAGGGCGACUGCAGUUCCCGCUGGACGGUGCAGUUAGCCCACCGGUUAUCGAACGGCAGCUAGAUAUUUUAUCUCGACAGUCUUUUAGGCGGCGCUACCUUGUACAUAGAGGAUGGCAUUUAUUUUUGUGCAUAUAGGGCGGCUUACAAUACGAGGAGAGCUUAGCAUCAGAGGUGCCCCUCCACGGAGGCUGCAGUGCGUGUUCUACAGGAGCGACCACUAUAGUUGUACAUACUUUGCGGUAAUAAACAGAUUGUGCACUGUCUCGAAAA